UGAUCAUUUCCACAAAUGCCACAAAGAAAAUGCAUGAGGGGUGGAGUCAAGCCUACGUGCACCUCAGUGGCCAAUGGAAAGACCCCAGUAUCAACAGCAGUAUUUAUGAACAGUUAUGUUGUGCAGUGGAUUAGAACAGGACUGGGUGAGAUGCAACAGCAGUUGCAGAUGUCGAGGAUGAUUUCCCAGGUGUCCCUGUUGAGGGCACUAUGCUACGUGCUGCUAAUGCCAGGUUUGCUAGAAGCAACAUCUCUGAUGAAAGUAAAGAAUCCUGGAGGAAAUCCGGUUAACAUCGGCUUUGCUCAGGCACAUAACUUCUUGACUAAUUCUCGACCUAAGAGGAACAUUGACCCAAAAUGGUACAGAGGCUCUCCGGAUUUCCAGUCCUACUACCGAUUCUACAACAGUAUUGGGCACAUUGAAGGGCUCUACGAGAUCGACAGGAUCAGGAUGUUGUAUCAGCAGAUGCGUCACUUGGAGUGGACCUAUGGCCCAGAUGCCUCCAGUUACCAAAGUGUCAUGGGUGUACUGACUACCACCGCAGCACCAUCUACCACCACCCAGCCUCCUCCCCCUCCCACCACCCCUGCUCCCACACCAGACCCUCUGGAGAAAGCUCAGAGAGUCUAUCUGUGUAAUCCCAAAGAUCCACUGUGCAAACCUCAGAUCGUCUACCUGCCAACAGGGGCGGUUCCGGUACUGUGUGACCCACGAGUCAACCCCGCCUGCAGGCCCAAAACAGGGGAGAAGAUAAGAGAUGCUGCUCCUCCCCAACUACCCCCGGCUCCUCCUGCUCCCAAAAAGUCUGUCCCAGUCCCCCCUCCUGCUAUCACUGUUAAAGCUAUGGAGUACGACUGUGACCCAUACUGGGACCCUGACUGCCUCAUUGAUCACCCUCCCCGCCCCAUCCAGGAAACUACUGCGCCAGAGGCCCAAACUGAAGAGAAAGUGGAGAAAGAGGAAGUAGCAAAAGCCAAAGAAAGUGUCCCUGAAGCUCCAACCACCCAGAAGACCCCUUACAUUGACCCUUAUGAUUUCACACGUGACCUGUACGACCCCUUUCGUUAUCCCAAUCCAGCUCCCGAACCAGAGUAAAAACAGAUGAUAACCUUCUAUGCAG